AUGACCACUGCGCUGCGCUGUGCCGGACGCCGGGCGCCUGGUGCACAGAACACUUUCAAAUCCCCCAAAAUAGCGCAACGUUGGAAGCAGCUCAAGCAGCACAUACUCAACCAGCCGCAACAUAGGGCGGUGCAACGUGAAGCGCAGCAGCAGCAGCAGGCGCUGCAGCCGCAAACACAAUCGCCUCAACAUCAGCAUCAACAGCAAAAGCGACAACAAGCGCAACCGUUCCAGCAGGCGCAGCCGAAGCUCCAGGCGCAGCAGGCGCUAGAGCAAGCAACCGCUCCACCGCAGCAGCAGCAGCAGCAGAGGCAACAGCAGCCAACGCAGGCGCCGCUAACUGCUUGCGUGGCGUCCACAGCUGCAGCGGUAGCAGCGAACGACCCGGCGACUUUUGGUUCAAUUAACCCAGCGACAACCGCAAUAACAACGGCCACAACGGCGGCCAGAGUCUUCUCGCGUUACGAUAGCCUUGAGGAGCUGCAGCAGCGAACGAGCAGAAGUGGAAGCGCAAUCGGAAUAUUGCCAGUGGUCGCGGCACAGGGUCCACAGGGAGCGCGCGGCAGUAUAGCAGUCGGAGCUGGAGUUGGCGCGGCAGGUUUGUAUGCAUCCGCGGGAGCACGUCUACCAGUAGCGGGUGGCGUCAGUGGCAAUAGUGGAAGCGGCAGCGGUGUUGGUGUACGCGGUUCGGCAGGUUCGCGCAGUGGUAGCAUAGCGCCCGGUUUAGAUGGUCACCGUGCGGUGCUGAGUGCUGGUGGAACAAGCGUAGUGUCGCCGGCUGGUCAACAGUUGAGCAGGGGCAGUGUGAAUGGCUAUUCGACGGCAACAACAGCGGUUGGUAUUGGUGGCGGUGUUGGCAUCGGUAUUGGAGGAGUUAGCGGCGGCGCGGGCAGCGGUUCACAAUUAAUAGGUGGCACCACAUCGACGGCACGUGGGCGGCUCUCAAUCAGUUCACCAUCUGGCGCAGGCGCAACAGCAGCGACACAAGGCGGUGUAGCUACAGCGAAUGAUUUCUUGUUAAUAGGUGGUGCUGGUGGUGUUGGUGGUAGUGGUGCGGGUGUUGGCCAAGGCCAAGUUGGCAGUGCUGGUUCCGGCGCGGCUUUUCGAAUGUUUUCUCGAAAUUAA